UCUCCAGAGUGACUGUGCAAACCGACCACGCCUCUGCGACGCCAGCUGUCAGAGCCUUGCGGGGGGCGUGAGGGCUGGCAGUUGACUCCAUUCAUCGACCCUCAAUCGCAACUCUCACGCGUUGAGAAAACCCUGACUUUGCCGAGGCUCAGGUGCAGCGAGGCUCGGCAAAGAAAACUCCUUUCUGCACCCCUAUCCCAGUCCGAGCGCCCCGGGCUCUGACGACCCCUAGAGACUCCAGAGUGGGCGCUGAAGUUCCCAGAGCUGGCAACAGGUGUCCAGGGCCGGCCUCCGAUUUUCUGGAGACACCGAGAGUGCGGUCUUGAACCCCACAAGGGCCCCAGUCCCCUCUCCGAGCCGGCCGUCUGGCGCUGCUGGAAACCGCGCCUCCUGGCAGCAUGGCCACCGGCCUCAGCCCGGACGAUCAUCUGUCGCCGACCCUUCUGUCGGCCCAGCAGACCAUGCUCCUGCUGCUGCUCUCGGUACUGGCCGCAGUGCACGUGGGCCAGUGGCUGUUCAGGCAGCGGCGGCGGCAGCCGGGCUCCGCGCCCCCGGGUCCCUUUGCUUGGCCGCUGAUCGGAAAUGCGGCAUCAAUGGGCUCGGCGCCGCACCUCUUGUUCGCACGCCUGGCGCGGCGCUACGGCGACGUCUUCCAGAUCCGUCUCGGCAGCUGCCGGGUGGUGGUGCUGAACGGCGAGCGCGCCAUCCGCCAAGCGCUAGUGCACCAAAGCGCGGCCUUCGCCGACCGGCCACCCUUCCCCUCUUUCCGCGUGGUGUCGGGUGGCCGCAGCCUGGCUUUCGGCCAGUACUCGGAGAGCUGGAAGGCGCAGCGGCGCGCGGCGCACAGCACGAUGCGAGCCUUCUCCACGCGCCAGCCGCGCGGCCGCCGGGUCCUCGAGGGCCACGUGGUAGGCGAGGCGCGGGAGUUGGUAGAGCUGCUGGUGCGCCGCAGCGCGGGCGGCGCCUUCCUAGACCCGCGGCCGCUGACCCUGGUGGCCGUGGCCAACGUCAUGAGCGCCGUGUGCUUCGGCUGCCGCUACAGCCACGACGACGCCGAGUUCCGCGAAUUGCUCAGCCACAACGAGGAGUUUGGGCGCACUGUGGGCGCGGGCAGCCUGGUGGACGUGCUGCCCUGGCUGCAGCGCUUCCCUAACCCGGUGCGCACUGCCUUCCGUGAAUUCGAGCAGAUCAAUCGCAACUUCAGCAACUUCGUCCUAGACAAGUUCCUGAGGCACCGCGAAAGCCUCCGGCCCGGGGCCGCCCCCCGCGACAUGAUGGACGCUUUCAUCCACUCUUCGGGGGCUGACUCUGGCGAUGGUGGCCCGCGCCUGGACGUAGACUACGUGCCCGCCACGGUCACAGACAUCUUCGGCGCCAGCCAGGAUACUCUCUCCACCGCGCUGCAGUGGCUGCUCGUUCUCUUCACCAGGUAUUCGGAAGUGCAGUCGCGGAUACAGGCAGAACUGGAUCAAGUGGUGGGCAGGCACCGGCUGCCCACCUUGGAGGACCAGCCCCACUUGCCCUAUGUCAUGGCCUUUCUUUAUGAAGCUAUGCGCUUCUCCAGCUUUGUGCCCGUCACCAUUCCGCACGCCACCACGGCUAGUGCUUCCGUCUUGGGCUACCACAUCCCCAAGGACACGGUAGUGUUUGUUAACCAGUGGUCUGUGAAUCAUGACCCGGUGAAGUGGUCGAACCCAGAGGACUUUGACCCAACCCGAUUCUUGGACAAAGAUGGCCUCAUCAACAAGGACUUGGCGGGCAGCGUGAUGAUUUUUUCUGUGGGCAAACGGCGGUGCAUUGGGGAAGAGAUUUCUAAGAUGCAGCUGUUUCUCUUCAUCUCCAUCCUGGCUCACCAGUGCAAUUUCAGGGCCAAUCCAGACGAGCCUUCGAAAGUGGAUUUUAAUUACGGCCUGACCAUUAAACCCAAGUCAUUUAAAAUCAAUGUGACUCUCAGAGAGUCUAUGGAGCUCCUUGAUAGUGCUGUCCAAAAGUUACAAGCAGAGAAAGAGUGCCAGUGAGAAGCCAGAGGCAAGCAGAAAUUUUAUAAGUAUGCAAGUUGGGGGAUGGGAGUAAAAUUACAGGGAUUUUUUUUUUCCCCCUUAGCUCCUCCGUGCCACUUUCUCAAUGAGUCUCUAAAAUGAGCGUAAACCAACAGACCCACAGAUGAUGUGCUUUGCACACGUGUCUUCAGAAUAGUACCUCACGAGCCCUGGGCUGUGUAGGGGCUCCAGGAGAUGUUUUGAGUGAAAGAGCUUAAGGGCCCAAAGAAUUUUUUUACAUAUAUUGAAUGUUGCUAAUAAUAAUUUCUUGAGGGAGCUUUCUUUGGAGUUAAAACACACAUGUACAUAUACACAGAACUACCUAAUAAAAAGGCAUUUCAGUAACUAUGCCUUGCAGGGUGAGAUCUAAGAUUAUGUUCUGCAUGCUCUAUAGAAAAUUGUAUUAAGCAGUUUUAGGAAAUAUUGUUGAAUAUGCAAAGAUGAAUAAUUUCAGUGUAAGAUGUGAUUUGGGGUAAUAAGGGAAAAAAUAAAGACCAGAAAUUCCCUUCUCACUUUUUCAAUAAAAUAGCUUAGUUAGGCUCUAAUAUCUAUGGGUGGAUUUAUCUUUUUUGCCCACUGAUGUGCUUCCUCUUACUUAAUGGGAUGAGUCAUAAAGUUAUUUGCUCAGACAGAAGUCAACUGUGUUGUGGGGUUCAGUGAUUUCAUGAAUUUCAAACUAUAAAUUGUUAAAUUGUAAAAAAUUCCAAGCUGAAGACAUACCUUGUUUGGUUACUAGAGUACAGAAUUUCGAUUAUGAGGAAACAAAAUUUAUCAGCUCAGCUAAACUUUUAAGUUUUGUGAUUAUAACAUACUGACUUCAAUAAAUCUCAUAUAGGUUUAAAAAAAAUCACCAAGUAGUGUUCAAGGUGUAUAUAUAUAUAUAUAUAUAUAUUACAUAAUUAUUCAGUACCAAUAUGUAUUAGUUAUUUUAUCAUUAAAUGGUAUUAGUUAUUUUGGUCAAAGAAAGGUUGAACAAUGUCUUUUAUAAUGUCACAGCAGCUAGAAAAGUACAACCAAUUUAAGCAGUUUUGAUUCAAAUACAUAGUAUGAGCUUGAUUAAAUCAACUACCUGUUUUGGACAUCAUGGAAACCAAGUUGAAGCAAAAUCUCUUCUCUCACUGGAAAUUUGAAUUGAAAAAUCUCAAAAUUGGAUCUGAAAGAUGUGUUCCUUAUCACUUUACAGCAUGUUUAUUAAACUUAUAUUCACAAUACAGAAUAUCUUUCCCAAACUGAUUUAGUUCAUAUAUUAUACUUCUAAACUCUUGUCAUGCUUAAAAUUUUAAUUUAAUUUUAAAGCCAUUCUGAUUAUUGAGUUCCAGGAAGUUACUGGGAAUCUGGCCAUUAGCCUGUGGAAGGCAGGGAGACUGAAUCUGUGUCUGCCUGGUGAACAGUGAAAAAUCACACAAAAUAUCUUGAUGUUCUUUAUUAAAUAACAUGGUGGAGAAGUCCCAUUAUAAUGGACCUAGUUUCCCUUUUAAAUAAUUUUUUUAGAUAGCAGCGGUGUUUGUGUUUUGGAAAGUCAGAAUUAGUCUUGGGAGGUUGUUUCGAGGAUUGCAUUGGAUUUCAGUGGUGCCAAUCAGGUCGGCUGUGCUAUUUAAGACGACCUAGUGAUCUUAAGCAGGAGGUUGCUUUGGUAACUGUGAAGACCUAAAGCUUGAACAAAAUAUAUAUGUUCAGUUUAUGUAAAUAACCUGAAAACCUUUUUUCAAAAAGUGAUGGAAGGUCGCAAAAGUACAAAGUGAAGUUCGGAGUUUUAACUUUCAUUGCUCAUAAAUGUACAAAGGAAGUUGUGAAGUGUCCUAAAAGCUUACUGCUUGUUACAUUUCAUUAAGCUUUUUGGAAUCUUUUUAAUCAAAAUUACAAAAGAAAGAGUGUGUGAUCAUUUUGUAUGCAGGGGGCGGUGCGGGGGUAAGAGAAAGGAGUGAAAAACACGAAAAGGAAGAAAGAUGGCUAAACAUUCUCCCACUCAUUCAGUAAUUAAUUAAUUUGUAGUAUGAAUAUUUAGAAAAAAAAAAGUGUUUCAUGGGCUAGUGUUGAAUCCCACGUAGAUUUUUAAAAAAUUCACAGUAUAGCAGCACUAUUAAAAUUUGGAAUUCUUAUUAAUAAACAUUUUAUAUAAUUUUAAUUAAUAAAAUCUCACAGAUGUAUCUCUUGAAUAUGAAAAAAUCUGUGCCAGUGUUUUUAAAGGCCCCAAAGUCAACAGUAGAAAUCAGGCUCACCCAAUACGUUUCAAUUUUUUUGGCAUUGGCUAUUCCAAAACAUUGAUAUCUACCCUUCCCUUUGCCCUGAGCAGGGCUGAGACUGUAAUUUGGGGCUGCCCUAGCCCACUUACUAUGAGAGACUUGUGGCAGCAAAAGUAAUCGUGUACCAAUCUGGAUGCCUCAUUAAGUCAACCAGAUCCAGAUGCGCUGUAAUCUGUUUUUAUGUAUGUAGGCUCAAUUCAUCUGGCACUUUCAGUGAUGAGAGAGCCGGGUUUACAAAGAAGACAGUGAGGUGAGUGCUGGGAGAUUUCCUGGUUUAUUUAAUAUGUUUGUAACCCAGUUCAAGGAAGGAAAGCAAAACCAAAAACAGACAAAUAAAAAUAACCAAAUUUGAGGGCUGCUGUAAUCAGGUUACAGGCUCAGUCAGAAAAAUCUAAUUUUAUUUCUGCCAGAGAAAGAAUGUAUUUGCUGGUCACCAUUUUAGUCAGAAUGUCUACUCCAGGUUAUUGCAGUAGUUAAAUAUAUUGUUUAUUAAAUGCUUCAUUUAUAUAUUAAAGCUUUGACUCAGUAAGAAAAUUGCUUUUCUUUUUUUUUCAAAACAAGAGGAAGAUGUCUCAGGUUUGUUUUGUGGAUUAUGUAAAAGCUUUCAUGUCUCAGAACUUAGCCUUUACCUGUGAAAUGCUAUUACUGCCUUAACACUUUCAUGUUAGAUCUAUAUUAGAUCAAAUAGUUGCAUAGCAUUAUGUAUGGAUUUGUAUGCUUUUUAGCUAUGACACAACUGUAUAAUCAAAGGUAUACUUUAGUAGAUGUUUAUAAUUCAAGGAUAACCUCUUAUUUAACCUUUUCUUGCUUUUGUAUUUUAUCAUGUAUACUUUCCAUCUGUACACAGCAACUAAAAUACUUGGUUGUAAUGAAAUAGAUUUGUGGGGACACAGCAUUUGUUUGACAUACCACAUUUUAAAAAUUCUAUAUCUGUAAUUACCUAUAAUAGGACACCACCGCCAAAAUAAUAAAAAUCACUUUCAUAAUCUU